AUGGCGGCGAUGGGCUAUCCUCCUCCGCACAACUUGCUCUACGGCAACAAGCCAGCUCGUCGUCACGUUGGUACUGACCGUGGGUACAAGAACAUGGCAGCCAUGGACCAGAAGAACUCGAACUACAACCGCCAGGCAACAGGUUACAACGCCGGCAGCAACAUGUACGGCAAUCAGCAAUACUCCACUCGUGGCCAGCAGGGUCAGAACUACGGCAUGCACCACAGCCCCAGCUCCGAUCCCAUGGCGGCACUCGCUCAUUCGUUCCAAGGCAUCAACAUGUCUAACAACUCCUUCGCAGCUCAGGCCAAGAACGCAAUGAUGUCGAACCAGACCGGCAACUACGGCGGACUACCAGUGGCCACUUCGAUGCCAGGUUCCAUGUACGGCGGCGGUCAGUAUGUGUUCCCGAACAACUACGGCAACAAUGCCAACAGCCAGUCGCCAGGGAUGUACACUCCACACGCUGCUCAGUACAUGCCACAACUCAACUACGGUGGCUACCAGCAGCACGACAACUCUCCACUGUCCUCGAACUGGACUCCGACCACUGCUGGUGCUACCGGCGAGGUUCCGACUCUCAUCACUCCUCGCCGCGACUCAAUCUCAUCGAAUGAGAAUGAUCAACCAACCACUCCGUCAUACGCCGGCUACCCAGGCUUCGUGACACAUGGCGGCGUUGUCAUCAACCGAUCCCCCAGUGGUGUGUUCACGCACAGCACACCUUCGCCGACUUCAAUGAUUGGACCAUACGGUAUGGCAUUGGCCAAGCAGCCAGAACAGAGCGAUGUAUCUCCCGAGAUCAAGGCCAUCCUCGCCCAGUCACCACCGAUCCCACGAGCCAUCCCUGCUCCAUCCUCACCGCUCAAGCCUCUCGACCGUGCCCUCGAGAAUCAGCGCGGUGAGACCAACGUCUACAUUCGAGGGUUGCUGCCGGAAACGACCGACGAGAUGCUCGAGCAGUGGGGUCUGCGCUUUGGCGACAUCAGAAGCUCGAAGUCCAUCAUCGACCUCAACACUGGUCUUUGCAAAGGCUUUGGCUUCGUCAAGUACCACAACUACGAGGAUGCUGAGAACUGCAUCCGUGGCUUUCACUACCUUGGAUACGAAGUCAGCUUCGCCCGCGAAUCCUUCUACUCGAAGCUCAAGACCUUCUCUGACGAGAACAACACCAACCUCUACGUCUCGAACCUGCCCAAGUCCAUGAACGAACACGAGCUCGCACAGCUCUUCGCUCCACACAAGGUCUGCUCUUCUCGCAUCUUGCGUGACAAGAACGGCCAUGGCCGCGGCGUUGGCUUUGCACGCUUCGAGACCCGUGACGACUGUGAAGAGGUCAUCAAGACUUUCAACAACCACACCAUCAAGUCUCAAGGCGAAGAGCUUCAAGUUCAGAUUCGUUUCGCCGACACCCAGGAGCAGAAGCAACUGAAGCAGCAGACACAAGCUGCUCGCACCUUCCGAUCUCAGGAGUAUGAGUAUGCCACCCAGGCAUGGCGCCAGGGCCGUCUACCAUACGCUGGCUCCACCAUGCACGAAACCCAGAAUGGCAACGAAUUCGAUCAGUACCUGGGCACUACACCUGCCAUUCCCAUCCAAGGUCAGCGCUGGGCACAGUCUGCCAUUCGACAGGUUCCAGGCCGCAGCCCACUUGGUGCUCUGCCUUACAAUGGCUCGUCGCAAGCACCUCUGGACACCUCUGCUGCCGUCUCUGGAGCGGAUGCCAAGGUCACAUCUCCAAGCGGCACUGUCGUCGACUGUAAGCCAGCUGCCACGUCGGGCACUGGUGUCGACUCUCCUGUUGCCUCUGAGCAGGAGUAA